CUGCACAUUCCCGGUUGUCUCCAUUCGUGGGCUUCCUUGGACGUCUCCACCGCCCCCCGCAUCCUGCAUCCUGCAUCCCACAUCCUGCAUCCCACUUCUGCUGCUCCCCAAGAAGCAGCCCUUGGAAACCAAGGCAACGGUUGUGAAUUCCCUAAGGGACGAGGACCAUUCCCAUCUGUGCAGUCUUUCCUUGUGAUUCCUACGGUGCUCUGCACACAGUCUAUUUGAAAGGAAGAGGCAAGCUGUGCAGUUUUCUCCAAGUAAAGAAUGGUGGCCAGUCUGUCCUGAGGAAACUGAAGUAACUUCUCAGCCAUCCACCUCAUCGAUCAACCGACUCAUCUACCGGUGCUCAGCUCCCCCAAGAAAAAGAGCAAAAUGGCAGCCAACAAGAAUAAGAACCAGAGCUCCUUAGUCCUGCACAAAGUGAUCAUGGUUGGCAGUGGAGGAGUGGGCAAAUCGGCACUUACGCUUCAGUUCAUGUACGAUGAGUUUGUGGAAGACUACGAACCUACAAAGGCUGACAGUUAUAGAAAAAAAGUUGUUCUUGACGGAGAGGAAGUCCAGAUAGAUAUCCUGGACACAGCCGGGCAAGAGGAUUACGCAGCCAUUCGAGACAACUACUUCCGCAGCGGGGAAGGAUUUCUUUUGGUCUUCUCCAUAACGGAACAUGAGUCGUUCACAGCCACAGCUGAGUUCAGGGAACAGAUUCUGCGCGUAAAGUCCGAAGAGGAUAAAAUCCCCCUGCUUGUGGUGGGAAACAAAUCCGACCUGGAGGAGCGGAGACAGGUGCCCGUCGAGGAGGCGAGAAGCAAAGCCGAAGAGUGGGGCGUGCAGUACGUAGAGACGUCCGCCAAGACCAGAGCCAACGUAGACAAGGUCUUCUUUGAUCUAAUGAGAGAGAUCAGAGCAAAGAAGGUGUCAGAAAACAAAGACAAGAAUGGCAAAAAAAGUGGCAAGAACAAGAAAAGUUUUAAGGAAAGGUGUUGUUUGCUGUGAUUUGGAACCGCAGAUUCAAAAGUCAGUUACCACUAAGGACAAAGAGCCGGAUUCAGGAUGGAGUCUCUUUGACUCCCUCUGAUUGUGGGGGUAUUUUGAGGGGGAGUGGGGGUGGGUGGGGAGGGAGUUAUUUUAUCCUUUCUUUGAUUCAUGCAUCGCCUCUUGAAACAGGAAAAAUGAUUUGUGAAUCAUUAGCUGGCAGAGGUUUAAAUAUGAGCCAUUUUCACUGGAAUGGACUGUUAACCUGCCAGGAGCUUUUCUUGAACUACAAAGUGUAACAAAUGUAUUCUACUGGCAGGAACGAAUCCACUGUUAGACUUUAGAAAUAAUGCAGCUUCUGAGAUUUUUUCAAUUUUAUAACCAUAUCAUCCUUUUUGGGACUGGACUGUAAUGAGUCUCUGGUUUUCUCAGAUUUGGGGGGCAGGGGAAGGAAUGCUUUUCUCUUUCUUGAGUAAUUUACAUUUCAGUAGUCAGGAAAAUCUUCCGAUUUGAAAGUAAGUACCUGAUGAUAUUUAAUAAGUGCAAUUCCGUGGUUAUCUUUUAUUUUUUCCCGGCUGACUCCAUCAGCUGAUUCCAUCAGUUUCAAAAUGUAGCCAAAAAUAAAUUUAAUGAAUUGUGUUUACCAAAUCGUGAUGCAAUUCGUGACUCUCACACAAAUGAAGAUAACAGUUGAGGGUUUUUUAUUCAAUUAUAACUCAAGUAUUGACAGGUUCCAUUCCAAAUGAGUCAGUAUUUCCCUUCUAUGUCCUAUUGUCUGUGCAGAAAUGCUUAUUUCUUCAGUAGAGGUGAAGAGUAAAAGGAACUAUAUUUUUUUAAAAAAAUUUCUGUAUUUGACUUUUGUUGAAGCUAAAUCUAGCUCCUUAUUUUGCACCUAUCUUACAUGUGUCCUUUAAUACAUCUUUGGUUUAAAAGUUCCCACUUGCCACUUAUUGCAAUACUUGUCAUACUCGUCAGUGUAGAAAUUUGUUCCUGUCUUUACAUUUUUGUUGAUCUUCUUUUGGUUUUUUUUUUAAACACAAGUGUUUUUGAGGAAUGUGAAGAGCUUCAGAUCUCUAGACCGUGAAGGCAGAGCCAGUACCAGUUUGCUACCUCUCACAGAAUUACCAACCAGCUACGUGUUCUCGUAAAAACACAAAUGCAGAGGUUUAAGGUGGGCAGCUGACAGGGUCUCUCCCUCGAUGGGUGCUGUUUUUAAUGCCUGCGUUUUCUGAGGCCUCUUCAGGGCAGCUGCAGUAAGAAGAGACAUUUUGGAUGGAGAAGACGGGUGAAAGGGCAUCUGUCCAGCUCUGCGGCAGCCUCAUUCCCAAACUAAAAAAAAAAAAACAAAACACGUCAUGCAGAUUUCACCAGAGUGAGCUUAAAAAAUGAAGACUUAGCAGUUUUUUUCCUUUUGCCAAAAUUGGUGUUUCAGAUGUAGUUGCCAAAAGAAAAAAAACUUUACUCCACUGCAGUUGUAAAGAUGAUGGUGUUUGAAUUUGAUUGGAAAAAAAAACAACCAAAAACCAAAACUUGUACAGUUUCCCAGUGAAUCAUGAAUUUUUUUUGGAAUAAAAAAGCAGACAAAUAUAA